AUGGCCAACCUCGCUGUUUUCGUUGUUGUCUGUUCUAUUGCCUAUAUGAUAUGGCGCUUCACGCGUAACUUCUUUGUGGGCACCACCCCACUCGACAACAUCCCAGGACCGGCUCCAGCAUCACUGCUCCUAGGAAACAUGCAACGAUUCUUUACCCACGACAACGACGCCUUCCUCAACCAUCUUAUAGAGACCUAUGGUCCGGUGUCCAAGCUCACUGCUGCCCUCGGAAUCAAGACUCUACACGUUUAUGAUCUGAAGGCCCUGCACAGCAUCCACGUCAAGGAUCAGGACAACUACUGGAGGGGAAAGAUAACCAACGAAACCGGCGAUUUGACUAUCGGGCCUGGACUCUUGUCGGCCUAUGGCGAAAAGCACAAGAAGCAGCGCAAGAUAUUGAAUCCGGCGUUCUCCACGCCCCACAUGCGCGAAUUGACCCCGCUGUUUUUCGAUAUUGUCGGAAAGAACCGCAGUCGAGAGACAGGUCAAGGAUGGUCCGAGGGAUAUCGAGAUACUUGGUUGGAUGAAGCGCGCUUCCAUGGAGCUCGUUGGACGGGGAUCCUUGGGUACUCGUUUGAUCCCCUGGUGUCCGAUUCGGAAGACGCAUACGCAAAGGCGUUCAAGGAUCUCAUACCUGCCACUACGGAGGCCCGUAACUGGGCAGUCAUCAUCCCCUUUCUCGGCUACCUUGGACCGGCGUGGUUUCGCCGGCGCGUUCUUGAUGUGCUGCCCAUCAAAUCCGUCCAGCGCGUCAAGAAUUACGGUCCUUUGAUCCCGUAUGAUGAGCUUUCGCAGCUGCCUUAUCUGGAUGCUGUUUGUCGCGAGACACUGCGUCUAUACCCUACGGCGUACCUAUCCGUCAGAGAGGCUCGAAUGGAUACCGUCCUCCCAUUCUCCGAGCCAGUCUGUGGUGUCGAUGGGACGCUCUUGUAUGAGAUCCUCGUACCUAAGGGUACUAUCUUAUGGUCUUAUAUCCGUGCAUGCAAUACCAACAAGGCCUUGUGGGGGGAGGACGCCCUAGAAUGGAAGCCAGAGAGAUGGCUCCAGCCAUUACCUCAAGCCGUAGAGGAUGCUCGUGUCCCUGGAACAUACUCGAAUCUGUAG